GUCUGUCAACUCGUGAACAUGUUGACAGCGCCAUCUAUGGGAUUGUCUCCGUAUUGGCUGCAAUCAUAGAUGACUAUGAUCAUGAAUAUGUUACAAGAAUGCAUGAUCUUGGAUCGAUUACCGAUUGGUUAAGUUCACAGGUCCUCCAAUAGAGGGCGUUAUAAUUAGUUUUAUGAAAAUGUAUCUUAUAGUUAGUGGGUAAUUAACUAGCGGUAAUUCACUUUCCAAUUAUACGCCAUACAAGAAGCACACUGUAUUUCUCUGCUCCAUCUUACCUGCUCACCUAACCUCAACCUCCGGCCACGAGUUUACAUUUGGUGACCCCGAGGUGACCCCUGACUACUGGAGAAGAUUACGCAAUCCUACGGAGUGCAAGCUGGGCGAAGGCCUAGCGACCGCGGCGGAGAAAAAGCGAGAAAAGGCGAGCGGUGAACAUAACGAGGGCUACAUUUCACCACGUGGUGGUGAACAUACCAGGUUCCAGAACCCAGACCAGAGGAAUCAGGUGCUGCAACCGACAAGAUUCGAUUGGGAAGUCACGCAUACCUACGACGGCGGGGCGGCCGAGAUCGCCACGAGACCACACGAGGUCAAGGUCCAAGAAGGUCGAGAAGAGAAGAAGGGCUGAAAGCAUAGAAUAUCCUAUCAUCAAGUAAGUGGCUGGCAACUAGUACCUAUCAAGUUAGUUAAAAGUUUGAAAUUCCUUAAACUUAAUUUACUUGUCUAAAAUUAUAACCUCUAAACUGUACACGUAUACCUACCUUCCUACUAUAUCCAAAUUUAAUUUAAUAUGGCUUCAUCUGAUAGUGAUUCUUCAGUUAUUUGUGAUAUAAAGUUAAAAACUCUAAUUAAAAAACGAGGAGUAGUGAAGGGAAAAUUAACUUUGUUCAAAAAGUAUUUAUCGAAACUCACAUCUGCAUCGCUAACUGCUGAUCAGUUAAUCGAUUUAGAGCUACGUACAACUAGAAUAAUAAAUGUUUUCAUGGAAUUCGAAAUUAUUCAAGAUAAAAUUGAGACUCUGAGCGAGGAGCUCAAGGAUCAUUUGGAGGAGAGAGAGACGUUUGAGAACACUUAUUUUGAAUGUGUGUCCUUAAGCAAGGGUUAUUUAGCGCAGGUGGCUAGUCCAGGCGCCUCCACAUCACCUGAGGGUCAAGUUCGCGAGGUUACCGAGCCACGUGAGCAUGAUUCCAUUAAAUAUCCUGAUAUUAAAUUGCCGACAUAUAAUGGUCAGGUUACAGACUGGAUUGAAUUUCGAGACACAUUUGACGCACUUGUCAAUCAAACCAGUCUAAAACCAAUCCAAAAAUUUAAAUACCUUAAGGGUUGUUUAACUGAUAGCGCGCUGGAAGUAGUCAGUUCAUUGGAGUUCGCCGAGGAAAGCCACGCCCUAGCAUGGCAACUACUUUGCGAAAGGUAUAAUAAUCCCAAGACCCUUGUGUAUAGUCAUUUGAGAGCUCUGUUUAAUAUCGAUCCUGUUCCAAAUACAGCCACCGCCCUUAGAUCACUAAAUGAUAAUAUUUCUAAACAUUUACGCAUUCUCAGAUCAGUAAAGGUACCUACCAACGAUUGGGAUCUAUUAAUAAUAUUUUUCCUCACUUCCAAACUCGAUAGGAUAUUGCAAACCAAGUGGGAGGAAAAAAUGAAUUCCCGUGAAUUGCCUAACUUACAGGACUUCAAGUCGUUCCUGCGAAGUCAAGCUGAUCUGAGGGAGGCCGUGAGUCAAACCGAACCAGCUACCCGCGGACUCCCGGCGGCGCGAGAGGCUAUGGAACGCACAAGAUGGCGAAGUUCCAAGGGCCCAGCUCUUCUCGAAGGAACCGUGGUGCUGGUGCGGGAGGAGCGUCUGCCGCCCUGCCAGUGGAGGCUGGGGCGCAUCGUCAGCUGUUGCCAAGGUCGAGACGGCGUCGCGCGAGUAGCCGAGAUCCAGACAGCUAGAGGAAUCAUCAAGCGAUCCUUCAAUAAUAUAUGCCCGCUACCGAUCGAAGCUAUAAACUAGAUUUAGAUUUAGAUUAGCUAGUUAUUAUAAUAUUCUAGAUAAACUAUUCCGUAACUAUACCUACCUAAUUAAGUUAAGCGUGUAUCUAUAUAUAAUGUUACAUUAGUGCCUAUUGGUAUUAAAAAUUACUCCUUGUUGCCUUUUAUUGACCUUAACUUUAAAAUUUGUAACAAAGUAUUUGGUACCUCUACUUACUUCAUUUCAAUUAACUUAGUUCUUUCUUACUUACUUACCUUUCUUAAAUACCUAUCUAGUAAUUCAAUCUAUCUUACCCUUACAUAAAUAUUCUAACGAAUAAGGUGCCAAAUAUUUUGCGCUUAUGAAUAUCUCAAAAAUGAUCUCAUAAUUUCAACAAAAUGUUUGAUACUUCAUUUCAUUUAACUUCAUUAGUUCAUUUCAUUUAACUUCAUUCCGAAAUACCUAGUAACUAAAUCUAUCUUGCUCGGAUAUUUGAAGGAAUUAGGUAUCAAACAUAGCGUUAUGUCUCUUUCAAUCUAAACAUUCUUAAUAACCUACCUCCCUAAAUUAAAAUGAUAGCAAUGUGAUUGAAAGAGGUAUAACAGUAAUGCACUGUGCCUGACGGGGACAACGCAUUCGCAGGUAGCAACUGCGGUGGCGUUGUUUUUGCUUGCCCGGGAGCAUGUCAACUCGUGAACAUGUUGACAGCGCCAUCUAUGGGAUUGUCUCCGUAUUGGCUGCAAUCAUAGAUGACUAUGAUCAUGAAUAUGUUACAAGAAUGCAUGAUCUUGGAUCGAUUACCGAUUGGUUAAGUUCACAGGUCCUCCAAUAGAGGGCGUUAUAAUUAGUUUUAUGAAAAUGUAUCUUAUAGUUAGUGGGUAAUUAACUAGCGGUAAUUCACUUUCCAAUUAUACGCCAUACAAGAAGCA